UUUUUUUUUAAGUGAACAUUUUCGGAGCCACCGCGGCUCUCUUAUUCAGUACCGUCAUCCGCUGCCACGGUUGAAAACUUUCCCAUUCUCGGCGAGUAUCUUCGCGGCAAUCCUGGAAUUUUAUCUAAACUAUCGAUGUCGUAUUCUUCAAUGAACGACGCUGAAACAUUUCGCAACCGUAUUCUUUCCAGUAAGCUCUACUUCGACGUUCCCCUGUCGAAGGUUCCACUUAUCUACUCGAAUUCGUACGAUAUAGCGUUUCUCGGCCUAGAGAAAUUGCACCCGUUUGAUUCGUGUAAAUGGGGACACAUUUGUCAAUUCCUCAUCUCUUUUGGUACUUUGGAUAAAAGAUGCAUUGUCGAGCCUCUGGAAGCUUCCCAGGAUGAUCUUCUAGUGGUACAUUCAGAAUCAUACUUGAAUAGCCUGAGGAAAAGUUCAAAUGUUGCUAGGAUAGUUGAGGUCCCCCCUGUGGCUUUACUCCCUAAUUGUCUUGUGCAACAGAAAGUUCUUUUCCCUUUUCGAAAGCAGGUUGGAGGAACUAUAUUGGCAGCAAAACUUGCGAAAGAGAGAGGGUGGGCCAUUAAUGUAGGAGGCGGUUUCCAUCACUGUUCUGCUGAAAGAGGAGGUGGAUUUUGUGCAUAUGCAGAUAUUUCUAUAUGCAUCCACUUUGCUUUUGUUCGAUUGAAUAUAUCAAGGGUGAUGAUCAUUGAUCUUGAUGCACAUCAAGGAAACGGUCAUGAAAUGGACUUUGCCGUUGACAGCCGUGUCUAUAUCCUGGAUAUGUACAACCCUGGAAUAUAUCCUUUUGAUUAUGAGGCAAGGCAUUACAUAAAUCAGAAAGUUGAAGUGAAGAGCGGGACACUUACUGAAGAGUACCUGCAAAAAUUAGACAAAGCACUUCAGGUUGCUGGGAAUAGGUUUGACCCUGAGCUGAUUGUUUAUAAUGCUGGGACUGACAUCCUUAAGGGUGACCCAUUAGGCAGGUUGAAGAUCAGUCCUGAAGGGAUUGUGCAAAGAGACGAGAAAGUCUUCCAAUUUGCUCGUGAAAAGAACAUUCCAAUUGUCAUGCUCACAUCAGGUUUUCUGCUUCAAGUAUUUCUCAGCUUAUUUCAAUACUUUUAUUGCGUUGUCCUUCAUAUAGCCUUCCAUGUUAUCAGGUGGUUACAUGAAAUCCAGUGCUAGAGUCGUUGCGGAUUCAGUUGUCAAUCUAUCUGCGAAAUGUUUGAUACAGACGAGUAGAAGUCCAACUUCUACAUAAGAUGCUCCUGCACUGAAGAUGCGUCGCAGGAGUUUUCAUGUCCUAAAAGUGUAUGCAUUAGAAUGUUGCUAUAUCAGAGUAACUUGCAUGUGUAGUUUUGAUGUAAGAAUAGUGUAUGUAGGAGUUGCAACUUGCGAGGACACUUAUGGUGAAGAUGUAUGCAUUAAUAACAGCAUAGAUGAGUUUGAAUUUAUAAUGUAUUUUGUCA